AGGACCACAGGCCACAGCCCAGUAAGUAGUAAAUAUUCAAUGGGUAAAUUUGUCAGUCAACUGUCGUGUGUUGGCCGUUGGGGUUGGCAACAUUAGGCUUACACGUCAAAAUCGAACAGCCCAAGGUGGCAGCUGUGCGCAUGUUUUUUGAAACGAUUGCAGUAAUUUUAAUUAGUCUCAUUUUACGAUUUGAUGUGGAAUAGCUUCCUCCGGUCUUUAUCCAGUUACUUCAAUAAAAUGUUGCCUGAAGUUGUUUUUGUGUUGGGGGCCCCCGGUGCGGGUAAAGGCACUCAGUGUUCCUUUAUUUCCAAAGAAUUUGGAUUCGUGCAUCUCUCUGCCGGUGAUUUACUUCGUGAAGAGCGGCAGAGGCCCGGCUCUGAGUACGGGGAAAUGAUUGAGGAGAAGAUCCGGAACGGCGAGAUUGUGCCUGUCGAGGUUACAUGUUCGCUCCUACAUAAAGCAAUGCAAAAGUCUGGUAAGACGAGAUUUUUGAUCGACGGCUUCCCUCGUAAUAAGGAUAAUUUAGACGGUUGGGAGCGCGUAAUGUCUGACAAAGCUAAACUGCUGUUUGUACUCUUUUUUGAGUGUCCUCGUGAUUUGUGUACGGAGCGCUGCCUGGGACGUGGUGCGGCGGGCAGCGGGCGCUCGGACGACAAUCUCGAGAGCCUGCAAAAGAGAUUUAAUACUUACCUUAACGCUACUAUGCCCAUCAUAGAGCAUUAUGAACAAACUGGGCUUGUACGUAGAGUCAAUGCUGAAUCAGCUCCAGAGGAAGUGUUUAAGGAUGUUAAAAAACUAUUCAAUGAAUUGGAUCGGAUAGAUAAUUGAAUUAAUAAGGAGCUGUAGACCAACUUCUGCAAUCUUUUACUUGUUAAGCGUAAUAUAGCAGUUUGAGAUUUAAAUGGAAUUUGCAUCUUAUUAUAAGUUGUAGAGGACAUAAGUAGAUUACUCGUUCCUGGUAAACUUUAUCAAUAAUUUUAUGAAUGCUGUGUACACUUAACUUAUUUAUUAAUUCAUUAGGAAAAUUAUUUGGUAAUGUGUAAGACUUCCCAUAUUUAUAGCCUGUAGACAGUAUUGAAAAAAUCAAAACUUAUUGUAAAAAAGUAAGAAUCAGAUAUUAAAAGUUGUUAAGUUUGUAUAGCAAUAAAGCAAGGUUACCAUGAAUUCAAAGACCUUCACUAUAAUAGCAUUUUAUGUGGCAUUGUUGUUUUUUGUUGCAUACCUACUAAGGUCAAAAGUUAUUUAUGCCAGUCACCUUUUGCUUGAAGAUUUACUUAUGCCAUAGUAUCUGUAAACUUAGAACUAUAUUUGGAAGAGAACUAUAGAUGUAAUAUGAAUAGUGAAGUCUUAUAAAGAAAUUUCAUUAUUUAUCUACAAUUAACUAUUUAUAAAACAAUGUAAAUGUAUAAAUGAAAACUUUAGUAAUCAUGAUUCAUGAAAUGUAAUCACAAUAUAGUAUUGAGUAAAAAAAGUUGUCACAGAUACAAUGUUAAAUUAUGUUUCCUUCAAUUAAAAAUUUUAAAUAUGAAAAAAAUAUUGGAAGCUAUGUAUUAUAUGUAAAUAAGACCAAAGUUUAAUAAACCAAAC